AUGAGGCCUUUAAGACGCACGCAGCAGCCGUCGGAUCAUGGCCAUGCCGUCUCUCAAGAAGCUUCCACUUUCGGCGGAUCAGUUCCAGGAUCGGCCAGCAAAGACAGGGAGAUUCCCCGCAAGGUCGACCUCCUGUGCCUUGACACGAAGCUGCUACAAUCGGAAGGACGGUCCAGCAUUCGCGGUUCCUCGUUGCUUCUGAUAGCUGUGGUCUUCCUGUGCCUCGUAUCGGAGGUGUUUCUACGGUCGAGGUUCAAUCCUUUCGGGGAGGUCAGCGCGAUCGGCGCGUCGCGUAUGUUCUCGACUAGCGGCGCAGCGUGCAGCUUCAAGGAUCCCGCAAAGCAGCAGGCUUGCUUGUCUGCUAAGUUGCUACACUGCGCCACAGCGUCAGCAUCCCACCGCAACUUCCUUGCUGAUUUAGAGACGUCUCUAAUCGCGCUGCAGCAUGCUGUUAGCCUGUCAGAAGCCGAGCGGUUGGAGCAGGAGGGGAAGGAUAGUGCUGGAGAGGGCUGGGGAGGCAACGGCACGAGAUCUGGUGCGGAUGGUACAGGUAAUGUUACCUUUAGCGAUAAGAAUGCUGCUGGUGAUGCUACUGCUGCCGCUGCUGGUUCUGUUGCUGAUCCUGCUGAUGUGGCUGCAGAUACAACUGGAGGGUCCCGGGAUGUGCCACGUGUCGUGAGCCAACACGUGGCGAGACUGCAGCAGCUGCUAGACAGGCACAGGCAGGUGCUGGCUUCUGUAGAGGCACCAAGAUGGCGGGCAGAUGACGAGGAAUCACAGAGGGAAUCGGAUCAGGAAACAGGUGGAGGAAAAGGCGGAGGGGGUAUUGGAGAGAAAAGGCGAUCACAGGGAAGGGAUGGGGAGGAGAUAGGGGAGGGAGAGAUGGCAGAGCGAUUGCUAAGAGUGUGGGAGAUCGUGGGUGGUGUGCGUGAGUCUGGGGGCAAUGCGAGCAAGGAGGCGGAAGAGGGACUAGAGAAGGACCUAAUCCAGCUUGGGUUCGGUUCAUCCCCUCUCACUCACUCUCUCUUCUCCCCUCUUCUCCCUCCUCUGGUCCCCAACCAUGGCCAGUACCUUGCCCCUGCUCCUCGCUCCCUUCCCCCCUGUGUCCUCCCCGCUCCUUUUCAUCUUCCGACACUGCCGCAGGGGGCUAGGCUGCAGCAAGCUGUGAUGCAGCAAUCUCUCUUUGAGACGUCUCAAAACCCCCCCGCACCACCCACCACCCUGCAGGAUGUUGGACUCACGCUCGCCCAACGGCACCCCGCCUCACCUUUCCCACCAUUCCUGCCCCCCACUGAUUCAAUGCCUCCUCUGGUGCUGGUCCUUCCGUUCCCAUUCCCAUCACAGGUGACAGGUGCAGAUGAGGACAACCUUCCUCUCACACGCAGGGUGGCAGGAGCUGAUGAGGAUAACCUUCCUCUCACACGCAGGGUGCAGCAUGACUUGUGGCUGCACCAGCACCCACGGGACUGCACUUACUUGGAGGAAGGCGAGGAGGCAUGGGGGGAGGGAGGGGACAUAGGGGCGAAGGAUGAGGUGGGGAAACGGGGUGGGGUAGAAGAGGGGAUAGAGGAGGAGGAGUCAGAAGGGAGUGGGAAGGGGAAAGACAGCGACCGAGAGUCGGGGAAAUCCGGGGCUGCAUCUGGGAGGAGAAGGUUGAUGGGGAGGCGGAGGUUGGGAGGAGAAGAUAGGUCUGGAGGGGAGGAGAGUGGGGCAGGAGAGGGAGUGAAGGAGAAAUCACCAGGCAGGGACGGACAGCAAGCAGAGAGAAAGCUACGGCGGUUUCUGCUGGUAGACGGGCGGCAGAUCUACCGGCAGUACAUGGGUAUAGGAGCACAGAUUAGCUGGCUUACAGGAGCGCUAGCAGAAGCAGUAAGAGAGAAUCGAAUCAUGGUGAUUACCUAUUAUGAGAGGACGGAUCACGAGGGGUGCAAAGGGAGGGAUAGGGCGCGAUGGUCUUGUUACUUUGCGCCAGAGACCACGGAGGAGUGUAGGAGGAGGGCGGAGGAGCUGGCGGGGGACAAGAGGGCGGUGAGGAAAGGGCUUGUGGCGUUCUCGGGAGGGCACUCGCCGAAGCCGACCCGGUUCUUUCUGUACGACCCGCCCAGGCUGUGGGGCCGGCCAUGGCAGCACAUGCAGAGAACCGUGGAGGUGAAGGGGCACCUGAUAGGGCGCACCAACGUGGACGGCAGGCGGUGGUGGUUCGCGCAGGCCACUCGCUACCUCAUGCGCUACCGCAGCCCGCGCCUGUGCCACCUUGCCAACCAGGCUCGGCACGAAGCAUUUGGCAGGGAGGUGGCAGAGCAGGCGGCUGCGACUCUUGUGGAUGGGUGGCCGCAAGUGCAUCUGACCCCCACCAAAUUGAUCAAGCAUCAGAAGCGAUACCAGGGGCUGGAGCCUGUAUGGGCAGCAGUGAGAGAGCCUGGCGUGGGGAGGAGAUACGUGGCUGUGCACGUGAGGCAGGGUGAUAAGUCCUCUGAAAUGCACCUGCUGCCUCUGUCCGCCUAUUUGGAGCUUGCUGAGAAGGCGCGGAGAAACUUCCCAGAUGUUACCACCAUGUGGUUGAGCACGGAAAUGAAGGACGUGGUGCAAGAAGCUACUCGCCUGCUCUCCCCGCGCUGGGCUGUCAGAUACACCCAGUUUCCCCGACAAGGUGCGGCUAAUAUUUCCAUGAAGUCUUAUGAAGCUGAUGUGGGUAUGGGGCCAACAUCAGACAACGCAUUUGUAAAUCUGGUUCUUGCAGCCGAGGCGGAUUUGUUCGUGGGAACGCUGGGAUCCACUUGGUCUGUGUUGAUUGAUAAUCUGAGGGUCACCGGAGGGAAGGAGAGGGCUGGGUUUCUGAGUGUUAAUAAGGAUCGGUACUGGUUCAGCAAACGAGCGGUGGCGGAAGGAGGGAAGGCUGGAGGUGAUGGUGGGCUGUGA